UGGGCUGAAGGGCCAGUUUCCAUACUGUAACUAAUCUAUUCAACUUGAAGUUACCAAAAAUGAUAACGUGGGUUUGCUUUUGAAACUGCAGAUGUUGGUUGGAACUGUGCUGUGGGGAGUUGAUUUGCCAGCCGAGGAGGAUUUGCAGUGACACAGAGGGCGGUUGUGAGCAAGGCCCUGCUUGUCCAGAGUCUUAGUGCAGGGGGAUUCCCAGGAGCGUCAGCGAUAGAACAUUGAGAAUGUCGGGGAUUCCUCCGGACACCUGGCAACCCAAAACUGUUACAUUGGAGACCACUAUGGGAAACAUAACGCUGGAGUUGUAUUGGAAGCAUGCACCAAAAACCUGCAAGAACUUCGCUGAGCUGAUUCGAAGGGGUUAUUAUAAUAGUACAAAGUUCCAUAGAGUCAUCAGUGAUUUUGUGAUUCAGGGAGGAGAUCCAACUGGGACAGGUAGAGGAGGCUCAUCUAUUUAUGGAAAGCAUUUUGAAGAUGAAUUGCACAAAGAUUUAAAAUUCACAGGUGCAGGGAUUCUUGCCAUGGCAAAUGCAGGCCCAGAUACAAAUGGCAGCCAGUUCUUCAUUACAUUGGGACCCACACCACUGUUGGAUGGAAAGCAUACAAUCUUUGGUCGUGUGUGCCAAGGGUUGUCAGUAACUAAACGUAUUGCAUUAGUGGAAACUAAUCGUGAUGACCGACCAACAGAAGACUUAAUCAUUUUGAAAGCUACAGUAUCGCAUUAAGGCUAGCUGAAUUUAUGCAAUUCAUUUAAUGAUUAGGAAUAAUUUCCAGGUAGUGGUGUUUUGUCUUUUCAUAACCUUAUUGAUUACAAAUCUUGUGAAUUUGUAAUGGCAGGAUUAAUUGCUACACACCUGACUUCACCAUGAAGUUAAACUUUACUCUGUUGCUGUUGGUAAUCAUCCCAAGUCAUUUCUUAUGGGUGCCUUGUAAUAAGUGUUGCCUACAGCUUGUAAAGCAAUACACAAAAAUAUGAAAUUGAGCAGAAAUGUUAAAAUCCAAUUUUUGUAAAAUUUAUUACAUGGGGAAUAUUUUAAUUUUGUAAAAUAAACAAAAUGCUACCAUAAUGAUGCCACGUGGAAGACAGCUGCACGAUCCUGAUAGCAGAAUGAUCUCUAUCUUCCCAUUAUGGAUAUAGUGUAAAACUAAAUACAUCUUACCUCAAGCACUAGGGCCCCUUGCUCUUUUUCCUGGAAAAGCAAUAUUGAGAACAGGUAAUCAUUUAGUUUUACUUUUGCUAUAUAACUCUUCAUCUUCUUCCAAAAUGUUUCUUUCUGAAGAGAUUUAUGCAUAUUUUGUUUUUGUUCCACUGAGACAGGGAGAUUCUGUUUCAUAUUUUUUAUUUUCUAAUUUAGACAGAUCGUUCUGAUACUGUUUAUACUUGUCUUGGAGAUAUGAUGGUGGCUGUGUGUAACAAAUCAAGUUCAGUUUACCUAAGUGCAUAGUGCUGGUUCUGAGAUCUAAGAUAUAUCCUGGUAGCAGAGAUCAGAAAGUUUUACUUCAAAGUAAAAGAGUAGACAGCAGACUCUAUAAACAACUAGCAUAUUUUGAUAAUUAAACGGGGAGGAAUUGGAAAAAAAUUCAAAACUACUUUUCAUUUGCAGGCAGGUAUGUGCUAUUUGCUAACUGGAUUGCUUUGGCACUUAAUCAGCAGGCUUUAUGUUACCAGUCUUUACUGAUUUCGACUGAAUACUCAGCUUUUCCAAUGUCAAACACUUUCCUAAUGUUGUUAACUUUGGCCCCGUAGACCAGGCUUGCAUGUUCUUUUGUCUAGUUGAGCACAGGAGUCAACUCCAGUUGUCAGAAGCUGGUACGUUUUAUUCUUAAAUGCUCGCCAACUCAACAUUGAAAGGGCAUUGAGCACAAGCUGGAUUGAUCAAAUGCACAGUGCUUUUACUAAAUUACUAUUGUCAGUAUUAAUACAAGACCAUUAAUGUUAUAGGUGUGAAAACCCACCUUCUACUAUUUUUUUAUUUAAUUAAAGGAGAUUUCCCACCAUACAUUCUUGGUUACUUGAACAACAAAAAUACAGUAGUUCCCCCCUGUACCCACAGAGUAUAUGUUCCAUGACCUGUCGUGGAAGCCCAAAACCACAGAUGGGAACGAACUCAUUCAUUUCAAUGGGAAAUUUACCUUCCCAGCAGUCCCCAGUCCCUGGUUCCAGAAGGUUCCCUUUAAUAUGUUUGGACCACAUGUAACUGAAACCACAGAAAACAAUUCCGUGGAUGCGGAGGUUGCUCUGUACUGCACCUGCAGGAAAUAUGAAAUAUAAACGAAAUGCUGAAAAUACUCAGCAGAUGUGGCAGCAUCUGUGGUGGGGGAAACAAACUAAUUUUUCACAUCUGUCUCUCUUCAUGAAAACUCUAGCCUAAUACUUAUCACCUAACAAAAUCCAGUCUCUUUGUUAUAAAAGCUUUAGAUUUUAAGGAAAAGGAUAGUUCUUCCCCCCCUCCCUCCCCCUUUUGCCUUCACUACAACAAAUUGAACUACUUGAAUCUUUCACUCAGGUUUUCUGAUUCAAACCACUUCCCUGCCAUAUUUCCAGAGGUAUGCGGCCAAAUUUCUGGUCUCAGGUCAGUUAUGUGUUAAAGGCAAGGCCUCUGCUCUUCACUGGUGAGUUGUGCUGAACAGAACUGGAAAUUUCAACGGCAGAUUUUGGAAGAAGACAACCUUCAAGCCAGCUGUAAACAUUAAAAAUACUUUAAUUCUGACUAUCUGUUUCUGGAUCCUGUGCAAGAAGUUGUUGAAAAUAUUUGUGUUGGCCUGUUGUGAAGAAACAAACUGAGGCUCCCUUUGUCAACCUUUCAGUGUUGAAAAUAGGGCAUAAUCUGUGCCACUACCAUCUAACAUUCAAAGAGGCUAAGUGGAAGAAACUACAGAGGACGCCAUGCUGCUCAUUAUAAUCUGAUUAGCAUGUGGCAGGGGACUGUAUGCCAAGCCUUUGAAUUAAAGCCCAAAAAGCAUUUACAGUGUUGCCAUUUCUGCAUUCAGUGAUGAUUGGUUGGAAUAGUCUCAAAUACAGUAAAGUUUCAGUGAUAACAACAAAA